ACCUCUUUUUUUUUCUCCAACAAAGAGUGGAAAAAAAAUUCACCAACAAUUGAGUAACACAUUUUACAAUAAGUUGAGACAAGAGAAAAGUGGUGUCUAAAACAUAUGUACUUGCAGCUAGAUUUUCCAUCUGUGCAGACAGUUUUUACCGUUUUAUCCGUUUGCAAGUGAUCGCUUACAUUGGCAGCGCCGAGUGUGGCAGUUUAAGACUUGCUGGACAAGUUCAGUUUUAAAAGAAAAACACACACACACAUCUGAGCAAACAUACAUGUGUGGCAUGACGCAGGAAGUGGUGAUGAAACAACAAAGGGCAGAAAAGCAGAAGCUGUCUGGCACAGCAGAGACACUCAGAAAGAAACAGCAAAAUUCCUCUGUGACAAUCAUGAGCAGCAACAACAGCAACAGCAGCAGCAGUGGGUGCUCUUUUAGAGAGGUGGACGAACCAAUGAAACACGUGGAGCUGGCCAUCUAUAUUCCCAUAUUCAUAGUGGGGAUGUUUUUUAACCUGGGGGCGCUGCUGGUUUAUUGCCGGUGCCUCCGAAAGUGGACUGAGUCAACCAUCUACAUGACUAGCUUGGCUCUAAUGGACCUCCUCCUCCUCUUGCCUCUACCCUUCAAAAUGCACGCUGCAUAUCAUACAUGGCCGCAGGAAUUCCAGUUCGCUUGUUCAUUUCUGGAAAACCUUUAUUUUGUCGGAACGUACGGCGGUAUCUACAUGAUCAUGUGCAUAGGCGUUGACAGGUGGCUGGCAAUAUGUCACCCAUUCAAAGCCAAGCAGCUGCGCUCCCCCAAGGCGGCUGUCAUGACCUGCAUGGGGAUCUGGGUUCUGGUGUUUACCGCAAUCUUUCCAGUCACCUUCAACUUAAGGACAGUAGUUAAGAACGACUUCCACUGCUUCCAUCGAUUUUCGGAAAAUGGCUGGAGUCCCAAAGUGAUCAUCUGCUUGCAAAUAUUUGGUUUCCUGGCGCCUGCGCUCACGUUGGUUUGCUGUUCAGCUCAAGUCAUCUGGACCCUCCAGGAGUCCGGCCAGCGGAGCACCACGAGCCAGGCCUGCGUGAAGAUCAUCUGCAGCGGCCUGUGCUGUUUCUUGGUGCCGUUCACUCCGAGCCACCUGGCCAUCUUCCUGCAGUUCCUGGUACACCAGAAAGUGAUUGUGGACUGCAGCUCCAUGAAAAGUAUAAGCAUGUUUUUACAGACCACCAUGUGUCUGUCCAACAUCACCUGCUGCUUGGAUGGCCUGUGCUACUACUUCAUAGCUGACGAGGUGAAAAAAAACACGAAAAACAACUUCAGGAUGUCCAGACUGAGCCUAAGGCGAGGAAACUCCAGCAUUUCAGAGCUGGGCAGUAAAACAAACCGAGCAAGCAGCUCUUGAAAACGUUUGGCAGGCAUUUUAAGCAACGGGAAGUGAACCAGGUCAACCUGCAAUGAAAAUUAACCACCGACCUGGAGCAGUAAGCCACUUGACGCAUCUGUAACCUCAAAAAGCGCCAAUAACUAAAGUCGGGGCAGCAAAGAAGAAAACUUCCACUACAGAUGAUGAAAAGAGAUUUUUUUUUUUUUUUUUGAGAGAGAGAUGGCUGAGAAAACUCUCUGCUUUCUCACUCCCUGAUGAGAAACUGACUUGUGGUAUGAUUCAUUUUAAAUCUGGCGCAGGCGGCUCAUUGCAGAGCUUUGUUGUUUUGAUUCUCAAGAACACGGGUCAAACAAAAAGAAAGAGAGAAAUAAAUGAAAGAGAAAUUCUUUAAAAAAAACAAGACCAAACAAUCACAGUUGAUAAAUAUCAAACAAUAUUAUUUCAUUGGACAUGCUUAUUAUUAUUAUAACUAUUGGUUGGCUGUGUAAAUGAAUAUAUGUACCAUAAAAAGAAACAAAUAAUUAAAAUGGGAAAAUAUAUAUCUUGUUUGAUAUUUUACAGAAAUAGCUGUAGAUUUUAUUUAUUUAAUCUUUUACGUAAAUGAAUAAGUGUCAAAGGCACACUAAUAAAAGCGUCUGAAUAUUUAUUCAUGAUGUUACAAUUACGUCAACGCCAAAUUCAUCAUCUAUGGUCUUGAUAAACAUUAAUGCAAUAAACAUUUACUGAUGCUAGCUGGUUACCAACAUUAACCCUUUAAAUAAUAGUUGAAACAUUUUUUACUUUACUUUUAUUUUUUGCUUAUUCUGUACAUUACAAACGGUUUAAGUAGUGUGACUGAUUUGUAGAAGAAAUAACUGUGUAACUGAGCCUUAAAUAACAGAGAGUAUUGUGUUGGGAUUACAAAAAUAUUCUUAAAUGUUUGUCUGUUUGCAAUAAAUUUUAACAGAUA